CGACCACGAACUAAUCCCCCACCACCAGAAACACCCCGUUCCAUCUCUGAAAUAUGGCUAUGAGCAUGAAGCCCGGCUACAAUGUCAAGUCAGACGCAGGCUCUAAGGGGCCUACACCUCAGUCGACGGGCACGAUUGACCUGACGCCUAUGGGUCUCCUCAACGACGCCAACAACUAUGUCCUCCAGCAGGACAGCGUCUACAACUUGCUCAAGUACGCGUGGACUGGCGUGCUGCUCCCUACCUCCGUGGCCGAGUACUGGACGCGUGUGCCGGUCUCGAACGAUGUCAAGGACCAGGUGUCCGGCCUCCUCAAGCCGCUCCUCGAGUCGUAUGCGAGGGCCAAGGGUCACUGCACGACGUUCAAGCAGACGACAUACCCUAGCAUCGUCGGGCUUGCCAGCGACGUGUAUGAUUAUGCCCAGGACGCGGGGGGUAAAACGCAGGACUCGUACUACGCGAACAUCGUUUCGUCCAUCAAGACCCUCGCUACUGCCACCUCGCAGGAGCAGAAGGACAACCUCGUCGAAACUAUCGGCUCCCUCGUCGAUAUGGAGACGCAGUCCAUCGACCAGAACAUCGGCAAUGCGCAGACGGCGAUGCAGAAGCUUCAGGAGUUUGGGAGGCAGAUGAAGAAGGAUGAACUAGUCAUGAGAGAGAGCGAAAACGCCAUCAUCAGCAAGCUGAAGGACAUUAUCGGAGACGCCGACGAGCUGCAGAAGAAGCUCGAGCGCUGCCGCGAGAAGCUCGCGGCCGAGGAGGCGGAGCUCGAGCACGACAAGAUUGUGGCUGCGACCAGUCUCACCUAUGCUUGGAUUCCCGGCGUCGGCACCAUCACUGCUACUGUUGUGGCAGCCCUCUACGGCAAGGAGGCAAAGAAGAUGGCCGAGCGCAUCGACGACCUGAAGAAGCUCAUCGCUAGCACGGAGGAGGAGGAGAACAACCGGAACCGCGCAGGCGCGACCCGCAUCAUCGCCGACCUUACAGCCGUCGAUGCGGACCUCCGCAACCUUCACGCUCUGACUAUCCCUGCUGCGGGAUGCAUCGAAGAAGUGAUCAAGACAUGGAUGACGAUCGCGGAUGCCCUCGUGACACUCAAGGACAUGGCGAGCAAGGACCCCAGCGCGGCGGAAGCGGCUGUGGCGAAGAUCGACCAGAGCCAGCUGGUGGAGAAGUGGAAUGCGCUCAAGGUGGCUGCCAACAAGUACAGGCAGGCCGCGUUCGUCGUGGAGGAGCCUCCCAAGCAGACGACCCUGGAGGAAUUGUCGAAGCAACUGCACGGGCAGGCCGCAAGGGCCAACUGAAGCUCUCCGAAGUUGCAAACAGCGCAAGGCUCGCUCGCAUCCCGUGCUUAUGCCAACGCUUCUCUGUCAAUGUAUGAAUACUCGCGUACGAAGAUGUUGUAUAAAGGCUUGGAUAGUUGAAUGUUGAAUCGAAGUUGCUCUUGUGUGUCC